AUGAAAGCAAUAAGGUUCCCGAAGGACAAGGUUAGACGAGGAGUUAAACUUUACAGCAAGAUGGUGCGAGUUAUCAUUAAAGGAGGUGUUUGGCGUAACACAGAGGAUGAAAUCCUCAAAGCCGCUAUUAUGAAAUAUGGAAAAAAUCAGUGGAGUCGUAUCGCCUCGUUACUUCACAGGAAAUCAGCAAAACAGUGCAAGGCUCGUUGGUUCGAGUGGCUGGAUCCAGGAAUCAAAAAGACGGAAUGGUCUCGUGAGGAAGAUGAGAAGCUGCUCCAUCUCGCCAAACUGAUGCCUACGCAAUGGAGAACUAUUGCACCAAUUGUUGGAAGAACUGCAGCGCAGUGUCUUGAGAGAUAUGAGCACUUGUUGGACGAGGCCCAGAGAAAGGCAGAAGGAUUAGAUGAUGAAGCCGCAGAGGCUAAAAGACUCAAGCCUGGAGAAAUUGAUCCAACUCCAGAAACAAAACCAGCACGACCGGAUCCUAUUGAUAUGGACGAUGACGAACUGGAAAUGCUGUCAGAAGCUCGUGCACGUCUAGCGAACACUCAGGGAAAGAAGGCAAAACGAAAGGCUCGUGAAAGGCAGUUGUCGGAAGCCCGUCGCCUCGCCUCACUACAAAAACGUCGUGAAAUGCGUGAAGCUGGCCUGCUUGUUCGAAGGUUUAAACGACUCAAAAGAAAUCAGAUCGAUUACAGUGGAGAGAUACCGUUUGAGAAAGCUGUUCCCGCUGGUUUCCAUGAUCCAACUGAGGACAAAAUAGAUACCAGUGACAAGCAUCAAAGAGCUAUAGCUGAUCAUGAAAAACCACGCCGUAUGGAAGUUGAGAACGAACUUCGUAAACAAGACAGGGAAAAACUGAAGCGAAAGAAGCCUGAAGAUGAACCUGAGUCAGUUUUCAAGCAUAAAGAAAAGAAGAGGAGUAAGCUGAUCCUGCCGGCUCCUCAGAUCAGUGAUCGCGAAAUGGAGCAGAUCAUUAAGAUUGGCCAUGCCAGCGAUAGUGUUCGUCUGUAUGCUGACGGAGGUGCGACAAGUUCGUUACUUACUGAUUACGCAGCAUCUGCACGUGCAAAUGCUGUUGCUGCUCGCACAGCACGUACACCUUUGGCACGAGAUAAUGUACAGAUGGUAAGUCAGUAG